AUGGCUUCCACUAGCUCAUUCGACGAUGCGUCGACUCCACCCGAUGUUUCUACUGCCGUCCAACUCACUCAAAGUCUGGCCUCAUCUCAAGAUGAAGGUCCAAGUCGCUUACCUUCAACAUCCCUCUUGUUAGCCGGCAAUUCGCAAGGUGAAUUUAGAGAAUCUGAGUGCGAUGACUCCUUAGCAGUAAAAGAUAUGUUGACGCAAAGUUCGUCAUUCGGUCGACAUAUUUCAUCAUCAACGACCCCUCCACCAUCGUCUCAGAUAUCAAAUAUUCAUCAAUCGCUCCCAAAUCAGAGAAUCGCAACAACUUCGCCAUCUGAUCUCGGAUCUCCGCGUGCCACAGACUCAAAUGGAAUCAAGGCAGCUUCUUUUCCCAACAUCACCCGACUACCGACUGCUCAAGAGAUUACGGACGCGUCUACAGAAGAAAAGACAGAAAUGAUCAAGAUGCUGAUUUCCGACAACAGCAAGUUGGAGAACGCAAUUCGAGAAUCUCGUAUGGAACAAGCACAUUGCAAAUUGCAAAACACGCUUCUGGCUCUAGAGUCCGAGGAGGCUAUUAAGCAUUUGGAGGCGGAACAUGAAUUGACGCGCCGAGAAGUCCAGGUUUUAAAACUUACAUAUCCGGGGAGAAGUGAACCCCAUGCACCCAGUCCAGAGUAUGUUUCAAGGCUCAAGGCCAUUUGUAAGAGCCUGGAAACAGAGAACAAAACCAUCAAACGUCGUCUCGAGAGAGCGAAGAAAGUAAUAGAGGCAAAGGACGACCAAUUGGAGGCCGCUAAUGAGACAAAUGAUCGUCUUACUCAACGUAUUCGCGAGAAUCGAGAGCACAUCAAUAUUAUGCGCAGCCCUGGGGGUUUCUUUCAUGUUGCUACGCCGAAGCCAUCACAUAACAGUUACCCAGCUACUCCACAACAGUACCGUCGAACGCCACAUCAGACUCCCAUGACCGGUCGCUCGAUGGCUGAAUCUCGCGAACAUGGCCAAGAACCUGGAUUUGCCGCUCUCUUGGCUGCCGCUCACCAUGAAAACAAUAGUGCACCGUCCACUCCUCUCAUCAGCCAGCGUGCUGGCCCACACACCCCAGUCAAUAGACAUAAUCGUGGUGUUCAAUCCCUCUCUUCGUUGCCUAACACACCUCCUUCGGCGCGUCCAGGCACUGCGCAAUCAACACUUCUUCCUUCUGCACAAUUCAUGCCACACAGUGCAUCUAGGUUAGCUUACGCCAACCGCACCCCGAAACUCCCACCUCGCGAACGUCGACGCGAAAGUCGCGAUAGUACCAUUUCAGCUGAGGAUAUUGAGGAGUUUAAUAGCUCUAGAUUCGAAGGGCGCGGACGUGGGAGUGUGGGCCAUGAGGAAAUCCAAGAAAGCCGAGCUGCUCAAAGUGCAAAUGAAAUGCUACGCGCUAAUCCUCGUGAAUCUUUUGAGGUUGCACCUUCUAGAACCAAUACUCCAAAUCCUGUUACAGCAAAGAGUGAACUUUUGCAGUCCAAGAUCUGGGGAACUGUCACUAAACCGGUAGUUGAGAAGAGAAAACGUGAUGGUCAUUAUUCCUCUGGCCAUUCAAACAAGAAAUCGAGGGCUUCUGAUCCUAUUGGCCUUGGUAUUGGUUACGAGGUACCCCGAGUUUAA